ACUUCCGAUGGUGGUGCUCCUGGCUCCUAACCUCCCACAGUCGGCGCCCGGCGCCCGGCCGCCCGGCCGCGGCGUUCUCAGAUCGCUUCCGGGUGGAACUCCACGACCCCGAGCCGCGAUUGGCUAACCGUAGACGGUACUUCCGGUGUGCAGGUGCUUGGGUUCUUGGGCAGGAGUAGAAAGAUGGAGCAUCGUGUCGCGGCCCGUGUUUGGACCCUGUUGUGGCUGCUGCAGCUGUCCUCGCUCGGCCAGGUCUGCGCCAGCGGCCCCCGCACCUUAGUGCUGCUGGACAACCUCAACCUGCGGGAGACGCAUUCGCUUUUCUUCCGGAGUCUUAAGGAUCGGGGCUUUGAACUCACAUUCAAGACCGCAGAUGAGCCCAGCCUAUCGCUUAUUAAGUACGGGGAGUUCCUGUAUGACAAUCUCAUCAUCUUCUCCCCCUCGGUAGAAGAUUUUGGAGGCAACAUCAACGUGGAGACCAUCAGUACCUUUAUUGACGGUGGAGGCAGUGUCCUGGUGGCUGCCAGCUCAGACAUUGGGGACCCUCUUCGAGAGCUGGGCAGUGAGUGUGGGAUUGAGUUCGAUGAGGAGAAAACGGCUGUCAUUGACCAUCACAACUACGACGUCUCAGACCUUGGCCAGCAUACACUCAUUGUGGCUGACACUGAGAACCUGCUGAAGGCCCCGACCAUUGUGGGGAAAUCGUCUCUAAAUCCCAUCCUCUUUCGGGGUGUUGGGAUGGUAGCUGAUCCUGACAACCCUUUGGUGUUGGACAUCCUGACAGGCUCUUCUACCUCGUACUCCUUCUUCCCAGAUAAACCUAUCACCCAGUAUCCCCAUGCAGUGGGGAAGAACACCCUCCUGAUUGCUGGGCUCCAGGCCAGGAACAAUGCCCGGGUCAUCUUCAGUGGCUCCCUCGACUUCUUCAGUGAUGCCUUCUUCAACUCAGCAGUGCAGAAGGCCACACCUGGCUCCCAGAGGUAUUCCCAGACAGGCAACUACGAGCUAGCUGUGGCCCUCUCCCGCUGGGUGUUCAAAGAGGAGGGUGUCCUCCGUGUGGGGCCUGUGUCCCAUCAUCGGGUGGGCGAGACGGCUCCACCCAAUGCCUACACUGUCACUGACCUGGUGGAGUACAGCGUCGUGAUCGAGCAGCUCUCUAACGGCAGGUGGGUCCCCUUUGAUGGGGAUGACAUUCAGCUGGAGUUUGUCCGCAUCGAUCCUUUUGUGAGGACCUUCCUGAAGAAGAAAGGUGGCAAGUACAGCGUCCAGUUCAAGUUGCCAGACGUGUACGGUGUGUUCCAGUUUAAAGUGGAUUACAAUCGGCUAGGCUACACGCACUUGUAUUCUUCCACUCAGGUGUCCGUGAGGCCACUGCAGCACACACAGUAUGAGCGCUUCAUCCCCUCGGCCUAUCCCUACUACGCCAGUGCCUUCUCCAUGAUGGCGGGACUCUUCAUCUUCAGCAUCGUCUUCUUACACAUGAAGGAGGAGAAGGAGAAGUCCGACUGAGGGCCAGAGCCCUGGGACUCCUUACACGUGGACACGAAGGGCUUUGACUAGGAUUGGUUUUUCUUUCCCUUCAUUUUUUUUUUUUUUUUUUUUAAUAAAGCCGUGGGACAGUGGCAUAGCCUUACCUCAGUGGGAGAUGCGGCAUUGAGUACCAAGGGGUGGGGUUAGGGGAUGAUUUUUAUGUAAGUUUUUCCACCUCAUGCUAAGUGGUAUUUUUCAAAUGUGCACUCAGUCAUUUCUAAAAUAAAGAGAAACAUUGCCUUCAAACUUCAUCCAGCCCCCACUGUGCUUUGCUGAUGGAGGGAUGUUGUUCAGUAAUGAGUGGAUACAAAACAGUAAGUGGCCUCUUUUAAUUUUGCCUCAGACUAGACUGUAUUUUAACUAUGAAAUGAUAGUGUUUCCAAACUUCUCAAGGGAUAAAAUAAGGUUAAUAAUAACACUGAGGCCAGUGGGGAAUCACUGAAAUGGAAAAUCUAAGGUAAUAGCACUUAUCUUUAUAACAGACAUAGAACUGUUUGGUUUUCUAAGGAAACUUAGUUGGUCACUUGCUUUAGGCAACAGCUGUGUUUCUAAAAGCAUGUGUAAAAUUAUAU